AUGUCAGAUUGUGUGGAGCUGACCUUCCAGAGGGCCUCGGUUCACCUGGUGCAUGACGUCAAGCGCCUGGAGGAUGGUGAGGAUUUGAACGAUGCCCUACUGGACUUCUUCGUGAAGAUCGGGCAGGCGCUGAUCCCCAACCGAAAGACUGACGGGGGCUUCAAUGAAGGUCUUUCUCCAGUGGCUUACCUGGGCUCCUACUUCUACGGCAUGCUGCAGAAGGGCCAUGCCUCGAACGGGCGCACGGGCCACGCGAAUGUGACCAACUGGGCCAAGCGCCGCUUGGGCAAAGGGGGGCUUUUUGCCGAUCAGGUAGGCGCUUUGGCUGUGCCGGUGAACGAGCUGCUGAGAGACUACAUGGGUCGUCAGCAGGAGAAGCAUUGGUGGCUCGCCUUGCUGGUCAACCCCAGGGGGGGUUGUCCAAAAGGGCCAGACGGCAUUAGCGUCGCCUGCCUGGAUUCCUUUGCGCGGACUGGCAUGCGGUACAAGCCUCCGAGACGUGCCUUGAAGGACGGGGCGGUGGAGGCCUACUCGGUGGAGGUGAGCAGCUUCAGCCGGAGCGGCUUCGUGGCCUUGGUGGGCUUCCGCGCCGUGGGGGACGGCAGCUUAGGCCCGUUGCCGGACCCCCGGCACUCGCGGCUCCAGUUCGGGCACCGCAUCAUCAAGGAUCCGGAGCUGGAUUUGAAGGUGCGGAACUACGGGGACCACGGGGUGCCCGGGGUCUUGGAGGGUACCUUGGAGUUCGCCUUCGACAGCUCCACCCGGAUCUGCGGGGACUACAUGCUCCACUACGCCGGGGUGGCGGAGUACAAGCCCGCCUUGAAGUUGGAGCUGCGGAGGGAGCCCAACCAGUCCCAGCAGCAGGUGGCACGUCUCCUCGGCGGCUACUGCGGCAAGGAGUGGGAGGCGGCCCCGGGUGGUGGCGCGGACUACGGGGACGAGGCGGUGGCAGACGCGCUGCAGCUGCCCGACACCCCGCAGCAGGAGAGCGCCCAUGACUGUGGCUUCUUCAUCCUCGAGCAGGUGCUGCGUUUGCUGCAGCUCAGCCCGGCGGCGCUGCGUGCCUUGGCCAAACGGCCGGCGGAGGACGUGGCGUCGCUGCCGUGGCCGGCGCAGCGGGAGGUGGUGAAGCGCAAGAAGAAGCUCCGGGAGGUGACGGCAGACCUCUUCGUCGCGAGCCGGCGCCAGGGCACUGGCGACGUGGAGGCGCUUCUGAAGAACGACGAGGUGCUGCGGAAGAAACUGCUGCUGGCCAUGUGGGAAGGGCCCUACUUCGCACGGGCGGUGGCCAACGUGAUCGGCAUGGACGCCGGCCCUCUGCCGGAGAUCCCAGUUUUGCCCAAGGAAGUGGAGAGCCACAAGGAGGCUGAAGAGUCGAGCAGCGAAAGCAGCGCCAGCAGCAGCAGUGCAAAGAGCUCCUCCUCCAGUGAGAGAAGACGCCGGAGCCGCAGCCGAAGCAGAAGAAGGGCGCACAGGGAGCGGAAGGAGAAGGAAAAGGACCGGCCCGCAAAGCCGGCGAGGCCCGCAAAGCCACCGCCGCCCCCGAGUUUCACCAAGGAGGACCUGCAGGGCUACCCGUCCAAGACCCUGCGGAACCUCUGUGUCCAGUACCAUGUUCUGCCUCCGGGAAUGGUGGAGCGCACAGAUCUGCUGAAGGCGUUGGAGCAUUUGGCGGUGGUGAAGGGCCUGGCGACAACCAACGCGGCGGCGCCGGGGAGAACGACGCAGGCCCGGCCGGAUCUGCCAAGUUUCACGACCACCGAGCUGGACACGAUGCCUAUCAGCAAGCUGAAGAUGUAUUGCAUCCAGUUCGGGCGAUUGCCCAGCGGAUCCUUGGAGAAGUCGGACCUAAAGAAGGCCUUGCUGCCGCUGGCCAAGGUCGACAAGAACUUCCCGAGUUUCACCUUGGAGGAGCUCCAGACCAUGUCCGUGAGCAAGCUGAAGAGCUACUGCAUCCGCUACGGGCGGAUGCCCCACGGCCCCGUGGAGCGCUCGGAUUUGGUUUCGCUGCUGCGGCCCUUCGCGCGGGGCGAGGCGCCGGCCGCCGCCUCCACGAUCUCGGCCUCGGCGCUCCCGCGGGCGCCCAGCGCGGUGACCCCGACGCCCGCGGCUCCGGCUCCGGCUCCCGCGGCUCCCGCGGCUCCCGCGGACAGCUUUGCGCUGGGGGAGCUGAAGACGAUGAGUAUGAAGAUGCUGAAGAUGUUCUGCAUCAAGCACAAGGUCAUGCCACAUGGGCCAGUGGAGAAGUGUGACCUGCAGAAAGCCCUGGAGCCAUUUGCAAGGUAG